CUCUGAUGUACGACUACCUGUUUGGUUGGCACGACACUCUCUCUAUCCCCUCUCUGAUUAUUCUGUUCUUACUUCUUAUUCUUACCUGCAAUCUGCUUUUACUUUGGUUUUAGAUUUUUAAUAUCUGAGUCUAAAUACUUAUUAUAAUAACAUGUUUAGACCCCAAACUCCCUAAUAAAAACAAGUAUUAUGAUCUGAAUAAUCCACCCAUUUGGGAGAAAAACCAUGGAUCGUGUGCUUAAAGCUGCUAUGACAUCUGGGUCUCUCAAUUUAUCUAAUCGUUCAUUGAGGGAAGUUCCAACUGAGGUCUAUCAAAAUUUUGAUGGUGCUGGAGAAGGGGACAAUUGGUGGGAGAUAGUUGACCUACAAAAGCUGAUCUUGGCCCAUAAUAAUAUUGAAGUGUUGAGAGAAGACCUGAAAAAUUUGCCUCUGUUGACUGUGUUAAAUGUUAGCCACAAUAAACUGACCGAGCUUCCUGCGGCGAUUGGGGAGCUUCCCUCACUUAAAUCACUUGAUGUGUCAUUCAAUGCACUAGCUAACAUACCGGAAGAGAUUGGAUCAGCUACUUCUCUUGUUAAGAUUGAUUGUUCAAAUAACAAACUCCUGGAAAUCCCCAGCUCUCUUGGACAUUGUACCGAAUUAGCAGAGCUAAAGGCUUCAAAUAACAGUAUUGCAAGCUUGCCAGAAGGUCUAGUGUGCUGUACAAAAUUAUUGAAAGUGAAUGUGGAGGGAAACAAGCUCACAGAACUAUCAGACCCUAUGAUUUGUUCGUGGAGCAUGCUCACCGAACUAAAUGCCUCAAAAAAUCUAUUGAAUGGUAUACCAGCGAGCAUCGGGAGGCUUUCACGUGUUAUUCGCCUCGACCUGCAUCAAAACAGAAUCUCAUCAAUUCCAUCGUCUAUUAAGGAUUGCACUUCCCUUGUAGAAUUUUAUAUCGGGAGCAAUAUGCUGUCGUCACUACCGGCAGAGAUGGGAGAGCUAUCUCUGCUAAGCAUAUUAGAUCUUCAUUCAAACCAGUUAAGAGAAUACCCAGUGGAUGCUUGCAAGUUGCGGCUGUCAGUUCUUGAUCUUUCAAACAAUUCUUUGUCAGGCUUGCCUGCUGAAAUUGGGUUAAUGACAAGUUUAAGAAAGCUUGUACUUACUGGAAAUCCUAUGCGCACCAUUAGAAGCACAUUGGUAUCUGGACCUACAGCUGCUUUAUUAAAAUAUCUUCGAAGCAGACUCCCUUCUGCACAAGAGGCUGAAGUUUUGACUCCAACUAAGGAUGAGAUGGUGGCUAUGGCAGCUCGAUUGUCUAUGACUUCAAAGGAACUUUCACUUGGAGGUAUGAACUUGACUUCAGUGCCUUCAGAAGUUUGUUCGUCAAAUGAAAUAACAAAAGUUGAUCUCUCAAGAAAUUCAAUUGAAGAGCUUCCUGUUGCACUGUCAGCCUGUUCUUCACUUGAGGUCUUAAUUUUGUCUAAGAACAGGAUUAAGAAUUGGCCAGGUGAAAUUUUGAAGUCUCUCCCAAAACUUACAUGCUUGAAAUUCGACAGUAACCCUCUUAAAAAGAUUCCUAUAAAUGGGUUUGAAGCCAUCAUGAGGCUCCAAAUUUUGGAUCUUAGUGCUUGUGUAGGGUCAUUACCCGACACUGCAGCCUUUACUAGCUUACCACAGCUGCAGGAGCUUUACCUCAGACGAGUGCAAUUGCAUGAAGUUCCCUCAGAUAUUUUGACGUUGCGAAAGUUGCAGAUUCUUGAUCUGAGUCAGAAUUCACUGACUUCCAUUCCUGAGGGAUUCCAAAAUAUGUCUACGUUGACUGAGCUAGAUCUUUCGGAUAACAACAUUACUACACUGCCACCAGAGCUUGGUUUACUUGAACCCAGCUUACAAGCCCUCAGACUUGAUGGAAAUCCUCUUAGAAGCAUUAGAAGGACGAUUUUGGAUCGUGGAACCAAAGCAAUUCUUAAGUACUUGAAAGACAAAAUUUGAGACCCGCUGCUAAUGAUCUUAUUCGUUUGAAAUAGAAUGAUACGAUAUUCAGAGUAUUUCUAGCGGAUGAACAUAUUUCUAUUUUUGAAUGGUUUCUUUCGUUCGUUGAUUUCUUCUUUGUCAACUUUCUGGCUUUCUGCUUUGUUCAUUAUCAUUAUUAAGUCUCAGGUUGGUGUGUGAGUUUUCCAAAUUGUAUCAUCAGGGUCUUAAAGUAAAGGUGUUAUAUUUUUUAUUUGAUUUUAAUUUUUUAUUAAUUUACCAACAAAUUAGUGAUUCAAUCGGUUAGUCAAUCAGAUUAAUUCGUUCUAAUAUAAGCAUAUCGUUAAUUAAUCAUA